ACAGAGAGAAGACAAAUCUGCUUUGCAGAGACACGUGUACAUAAAUAGGAGGGUUGGUAAACAGUUCGGUCACGGGUAUUUAAGCACGAGCACGCGUUUACAGACUGCACGCCGAUAUAUGUUUGUAUGCGUUCGACGUCGACAAACCCCCCAUGAGCAAUACGUUGUAGAUAACGAACUGAAAUCCCGUCAGAAUCCGCGUUUACGGUUUCAAUAUACUCGAAACAGUUCGUGUGGAGACACAGCCGCGUGUGAAUCCCUUCGAGCCGAAUUGAAAAUGUUCCACGCCCGUGAUAUACUUCCGAUGCUGAUUUGCACGAUGUGUUUGAUAUCCUAUUGUGCGUCCUGCUCCCCGGAUAUUGGACAGCCGCUGGACUUGAGUCAGUUUGCAGGAGAUUGGUAUUUCGCUGCUGGCACGCCGAUAAAUGUAAGCCUAAGUAGAUGCGGACGGUUCUUGGUCAGACAAACGUCGCCCAACGCGUUUACGGUGAAAUUCACUGCACUCAGUUACAAGAACGAUAUUCCUAUCGUUUUUAACAUCGAUGGAAACGUCCAUGGGAAUGAUAUCGUUGCAACCUGGCAGCUUCAAGGAUCGGAAAAGAGAUUAGGGCCUUUUCGUCACGUAAUAGCCUUCGUAAAGUACGAUACAGUUCUUGGGAUGCUGGUCUGUUACGAGUCGACGCAUCACCAGGGAUACAAGUUCGUCAUGAUUUGGUCCCGGGAGAGAAGCCUGCCUUUGCCGAUCUUGAAGGAGCUCAGGUCCAAAAUGGGAGCAUACAUUAAUCAAGGCAGAAUUCGGAUGGUAGAUCACGGAGACUGUUAAACAAGCCGUAAAUUUGCACGCAACACUGCGUCUCAAUAUACUUAACAGCACUCCCGAAGAAUGAAUGAUUCAAGAAGGGUGACGCAGAAUUUACUCGUUCGGCUCAUGAAAUAUUCGGGUAACAACCAACUGAGCCAAGAGCAUCAACACCUGCGGUCGAAAUGGUAUCUUGAAAUACUUGGCUAUACCAUUGCGGUUGGAGUUUCAGCCAUGACGCGAAUCACCAAUAAAACUGUCAUAAACGAUGUAUUCCGUGGGGAAAUAAGAUACUGCGUUGAAUAUUUCGUAAUCGAAUAACGAUAUAGCGCGCGUCAUAUAAAUUCUAGAAUAUAAACAGAUUAAAUAAAAAAAUUUUUUAAUUAGACGAAAAUAAUAUUCCGAAUUUUUUACUAUUAACAAAUUCACACAGCAUUUUA